AUGGGAAAACUAUUCAUUUUAGUUACAGCUUUAAUUCAGCUCUGUUUUGGUUAUGAAAAUUUAGGAGAUACUGAUGGCACAUGAUCUCUGCUUGGAUUUACUGGAUAUGCUGGAGAGAUAGUUAUUAAUAAUUUAACAGGUUCUUCACUGUUUUAUUGGCUUUUCCAAGCCACUCAAGGGAACAUUACCUCACUCCCCGGCUAAUAUAACGAAAUUUUGCUUAUUUUAGAGGUUUUAAAAUGAGUAAAUUUUAUAUGAGUUUCUUGAAAUUAUUUAUUUAGGGGAAAAUGUCCAAAAAUCAAAUACUCAAUUUUAAGGCAUUUGCCCCAUAUAAUAAAUAAAUUACUAUCUACUCAUGAAAAAUAAAAAUGGUGAUGUUGACAGAAAUUUGACUCCGAGACACAUUUACCUAUGGAGCAGAUAGGACCCAUCCUGAUGAAGCUGAAAGCAAUGCCUGUGUCCCUUUUGAAGUGGGCCUUCAGGUUUGGGGAUGCCUUGCCGAAGAGGGAAGUUUUGUUUCUCCCAAAGUUUUUCCUGCCCUGCUAGAUGGGAGACAGAUUUUGCCUGCCAUAUGGUUUUCCCUUGCCAGGGCUAUCGGGGCACUCUACAGGCGGUGGCUCUUUCCUAGCGAGCUGAUACCUUGGAUAGGUGGUUCAGGUUAGAAAUUCAAGAUAGCAGCCUUCCUUUUCCUCUUUGUCUCGUGGGGCGAGGAGGAGACUAUUUUGUAGCCGAGACGAGGCAAAGGCUAGCGUGCUUCAUGGAUUAUGGCCAGUUUAAUGGUUUAACUUAUAUCUACUCAUAUAAAAUUUGCUAUUUGCGAUUUUGUUAUUAUUGGGGUUAUUGGGGAGAGUCAGAUAAACUACCAAUAAUUUUAUGGCUGCAAGGUGGCCAAGGCUGCUCAGGUUCAACUGGAAUGGUUUUUGAAAAUAUUGGGCCAUUUGGUAUAAACAAUAACACCCAGCCUGCUAUAAACCCUUAUACGUGAAUCAGUAAUUAUCAUGUGAUUAUGGUAGAUUUUCCUAUUGGAGCUGGAUAUUCUAUUGCAAAUUCUCCUAGUGACAUGAAAAACACGACUAUGGCAUCAGUUGCAUAUCUAUAUAACUUUUUGGUCAAGCUAAGCAUAAAGUACCCAACUUGGUUUAAUCGUGAUGUAUCCCUUAUCCCCUGAUUAUCAUAUAGAAUUUGCUAUUACAUACAAUUUUUCUAUAAAAAUAAGAAUUAAAUUAGAAAAAAAUAAAUGAUUAUUUUCUAUUAAAAUUAUAUAUAUAUUUUUGGAGAAAGCUAUUCUGGGCAUUUUAUCCCUGGAAUUGCCUAUACAAUCUUAAUGAACAAUAAAUCGCCUAACGCUCAAAAAGUUUUCAGUCUAAAAGGUAUUGCAAUAGGUGAUCCUUGGAUUGAAGCUUAUACGCAAACCCAAUAUUAUGCAGAAUACGCUUAUUCGUCUGGAUUAAUUGAUUUAGAAGAAAAAGGAAUAAUAGAAAGCUACCAGCAAGAAAUCAUUGUAGCGCUCAACGCAUCAGAUUAUAAUAAAGCUAAUAACGCAGAUCUAUAUCUUGAAUAUGAACUUUUUGCUAAAUAUUUAAAAACAUCUCCAUUUUUUUUCGUAAAAAAUAGGAAAAAAUUAAUUAAUAAAAAUUUCCCUUAUCCUAAAUAUUCUGGAAACGCUGACCCUUUCAAUGUUCGGUAUUUUUAUGAUAACUAUAACAUGGGCCAAGUGCCAGCCUGGAUGAAUUUGGCUUCUACUAAAAGUAUGCUUCAUGCGCCUUUAAAUGUCACUUGGGUAAGCUGCAAUGGAACUAUUGGGAAUGCAUGGACCGUUGACAUUAUGAGUUCAAUGGCAAAUUAUUUGCCUUAUAUUUUAGACAACAUAAGAGUUCUUAUAUGAAACGGCCAAGACGAUUUUGAUGUAACAAAUAUUGGAACUCAGGCGCUCCUUGCCAAGCUGAACUGGCAGAAUAUUAAAGGCUUUACAAGUGCGAGGAAACAUAUAUGGAAAGUAAAUAAAGAAGUGGCAGGCUACGCUAUUUCUUAUAAUAACUUAAGCUUUGUAUUGACCCUGAAGGCAGGGCAUCUAUUUUCUCAUGAUCAGCCGCAGAAUGCUAAAGAUUUGGUCAUUCGGUUUAUUAAUAAUCAAGGGUUUAAUUAG